AUGAUAUCUGCUAUCGAUGCCGAUAAGGGGCUUACUGUCGAAGACAGCAUUUUUCUUGAACUUUCAUGUGUAUUCAUGCAUUCCUCCAAAUUAUCCGUUCGAGUGAAAUUCCGAAAACGUUCUUCACAUAUGAGUGGUCGUACGUUUCUAUGCAUUGCAUGCAUAUCCGAAUUGCUUAUCGCAUACCUUGCAUAUGUGGCUUUUUUCACCGGUAUGUAUCCUCAUAUGGCAUCUCAGAUUGCUUGCAUAUCUGAAUUGCUUAUCGCAUACCUUGCAUAUGUGAUUGUUUGCAUAUCCGAAUUGCUUAUCGCAUAUCUUGCAUGUGUAAUUCUUUUCACCAGUAUGCAUCGUCAUAUGGCAUUUCAGAUUGCUAGCAUAUUUGAAUUGCAUAUCGCAUACCUUGCAUGUGUGGUUGGUUAUUUUAUUGCCGGUUUGUUUGUUGAAUUUCAAUGUAACAAAAGUGAUUCUGUGGUUCAAUGCACAAAACUUUUGCGUUUCACUUUGCGUUUUGCAGCAGAAUAUGAUCACAAAACACCGAAUACAUAUAAGUAA